AUGGUAGAAGAAGAAGCAGCGGCAGCAGCGGCGGUAGUAGUGCACGCCCAAGAUCUCGGCCCCUACCCUUUGCCGGCGCCAAGCUGCACGGUGCUCUCGAGCACAGACGGAGGGCACGCGGGAGGAGGCCCCGCAUCCGGCGGUGGCCGCAGGCCGGCCGACCCGGCGGCGCAGGAAGAGCUGUUCGUGGACGCUUCGGGUACCUCCGCCGUCUGGCGCAGCCUGGGAGUUUUCGCGCGGGGCGGCGGCGACGGGGGCACCGGACGAGACACGUCCCUUCUCUUGACGUACCACACGGGGCGCCGACGGCACUCCCUGUGGCUAGCAACUCCCGUGCCUGAGCCAGAGAAGGGGCCGGAGCCGAAGGAGGAAUCCGAGUCUCUUCUGGCCACUGCGGGGGGCAUCUCGGUUUCGGGCUCCAUGAUGGUUGAUCAGUCGCCGGGGGGGGGGGGGGUCCACAGCUGGGCCGCGACGCCCGGCCUAUCGUCGACGCGCGCGGCGGACACGAGUAGCCUGAGCAGCACGCUCCUCGGAGUCUCGGCGCUGAAAUCCCCGUCUUCCGCGGCGGGAGUCACCAUGAUGGACACCGUCCUGGACGCUGGAAACCCUCGCAGAGACAGGCUCAGCGCCGGGGGAAGCAUGGGGCGGGGUCGACUCUCCGGCGGCGGCGGGGCCGGGCGACGGGCGUCUAGCGGGAGCAACGCAUCAUGGAUCGGAGCGGGCAACACCCGCAAUGAAGCUCUCGCGAGCGCUCUAGGCCUCGGCCAGUCGGGACUAGGGGUGGCGUCGAACAUGCUUUCCCUGAGCGCCCCGGCCGGGCACCACGAGCGCGCGGGCGGCGGCGCAGACCCAUUCCUUCUCAACGCGAGCUCUUCGAUGGCGCUCGGCGGAACUGUCGUGCACCAUGAGGAGGAGGACGACGACGAGGAGGAGCAGGAUGAGAAAGAGGGGGCUCAACCUAUCCGCCCGCACCUCGGUAUCUCGCUCGUCUGGAGGGAGGCGGAGGGCUCGCCGGCGCCGGCGCAGCACGUUUUCUGCGCAGAGGGAGGGUCAUCCGGCGGCGGCGGCGACGGCGGCGGCGGCGGCGAGGGCGUUGAAGUCAGGGAGGCAUUCACGCUGCCGUGCCGAUCGGCGGUCGGGCUGUGCGCCACGGGCGGCGGAGAGGGAGAAGGAACCCCGGGGGCAGCGAUUUCCGCAGACAUUCUUGUCCUUGGACUUGACGGAAGUCUCAACCUGCACCGUGGCGGGAGACCCGUCACGCGGGUUGCGCGUCCAGCCGUAGCGGGACUACCUGAUGGAGCCGGCAGCAACGGCGAGCCCGAGUCUAUCUCCGAGGCUGUUGGGUCCUGCUUCACCCUGACAACGCGGGGCGGGGAACGACGACGGCUCCGUCUGUCGCUUGACCCCUCUUCGCCGCUCGUGUCCGCGUGUCUGGGUGCCUGGGACUCUUUGCUGGGCGCCCCGCUUGCGGCAUCCCUCCGAGCGGACAUUGCGAGCGCGGCGCACUGCCUAGCGGAGCAACAGGAGCGACCUGGCGGAGAGGGGGCUGGGACGGGCGGGGGAAGUAGCGACGGCGGUGGUGGCGGCGGCGGCGGCGACGUAAAGGGUUCCAAAGGCGGCGUCGACGGUGACCUUGACUGGGGGGCGUUGGUGUCGGUUUUGCGAGACCUCGUCUCGGGCACGGGCGAGUCUGCACACACAUCUCUAUCCGGACAGAGCGUAGACCUUGCCGACCGCGGCGGCGAUGGUGAUGACUGGGAGUGCUUGUUGGCGAGCCCGUUCCACGACGAGUUCUCCCGCGCCAACGCGAUGAUGCUCUCGGGAUUUCACCACGCGACCGAGCCGACUGUCAAGGGGCGGCCGCGUGGCGAUUCUUUGGAUUUUUCCUCUGCGCGGCGACAGCAACAGCGGCAUGUGUUGCAAACGCAAAGAUUGGAUUUCCUUUUGGAAGCCGGGGCGGUCUUUGACGCGCUACAUCUCGUGCUCGAGGACCUCAAGACCUCCCGCUUCACGACGUCGUUGGUGCCGCGUCUGGCCUCCCUGCUGCUGUCGCUAUCCCGCAUGUGCGGAGACGGCGGGACCGGGAUGCGUGACUUCGCGGACCACUACUGGAGGGACGCGGCCGGGUGCGGACACGGGGAUGGCGAGACGACGUCCAUGAUCGAUCGCAGUGACGGUGGUGCCGCUCUGAGGAAAGAGACGGGAGCAGGGGGCCUGCCGAGUCGUCCGACUAGGUUUGACAAGGUACCGUGCUUCCGAAGCUGGGUGCACGCGAGGAUUCGCACGGGGAAAGUGGUGAAUGGCGCCGAUCCCGUCGGUGGCCCGCUGCCUGUGGCGGGGGGCCCGCGGUACAGCGGCGAAGCCGAGCAGUUUCCGACCCUCCCGAAGGACAGCGGUGUUCUCCAGGCGACUCGCCGCCUCUGCCGCUUCUAUACCAUCAUUUGCGGCGGCAGUGAUGGCGGCGCCGGCGCCGGCGUCGGAAAGCAGCAGGGAGCGGGACGAGGGACGGCGGCGCCGGCGGGUGCCGGGGGUGAGACGGGGGCUUCAUUCCUAGGCCCGGGAUUCAGCGAGUCGGACUGGGUCGGCGCUCGGCUCGUGGCGGCGAUGGUCGAGGAAGGUUACCGGGCGGAGGACCUGGAGCGCGCGCCCCUGGGGCUUACCCUUCCCCUGCUGGAGGUGCUCCACGCGGCAAGCAGCCAAGCCCUCGUGGAGUGGCCGGCCGCUGCGCAGGAGCUGGUGGGGCGGCAGGACCUCAGCGCCCUGCGUCGGAUGCUCGGGUCUUUCGGCGACGGGGGCGGCGGCAGCGGCGACUCGGUCUGUGAGGAGGAGGAGGAAGACGACGAUGAGGAAGGACGUGGCUUCGGCGAGACAGAGGGUUACUGGACGGGCGGGAGAAUCAGCGGCAGCGGCGCGGGGGCCAGAGACGGCACGGGCAGAGGGGCGGGCAGGCGUGCAUUCGGGGUGGCUUUGGGGCAGGCAGGCGGCGGCAGCGGCGGCAGUGGCCAUGCUGCCGCUGCUGCGGCCGCGGCGGCAUCGCCGCUAGGCGCGGGUGGAGACGCUGCCGAUCUGGACGGCCUGGCGUGGGUAGACGAGUUGUCGUCGCUUCGGUUCGGGCGCGACCGGCGGGUGAGGGAGGCGUGUCGGCUCCUGCGCGGGUCCCGGCCCGUCCGAUUUCACGUUGACCGGUCCCCGGAGUCGAGCGACCACGACCACCAGCAACGCCAGCAGGCGCGCCUGCUCCAGCUGGCCAUGCGCACCCUGGCGGGGCCCCUGGGCCGCGGCAUGCUCACGCUGGGGACGCUGGCCCCACUCCUGGCGGAGCCGCUGCCGAUACCGCCGCUCUGCCUCGCGGGGCGCAUCCGGAAGCCGGCAGACGUCGUGGUUAACCUUGACCUGGCCGCCGCCGCGGUGCCCCCCGACACGACGGCGUGGGCGGAGUUCCACAACGGCGUUGCGGCGGGGCUGAGGCUGCAGCACGAGUGGGGGUCCAACAGAGCCAGGGGUGGUAAGGAUGGCGGCGGCGGCGGCGGCAGCGGGGUCGCCGCGAGCAGCGGCUUCGAGGAGGGCGGCGUAAGCAGGACCUGGAUCACGUACAAUAGGCCGGCCGGGGGCGCCAACAACGCCCACGGGGGCCUGCUGAUGGCCCUCGGGCUGCAGGGACAUCUGUCCUCCCUGGCGAUGACGGACGUGUUCGAGUACCUCACGCUUGGCCAGGAGAGCACGACGGUGGGGGUGUUGCUCGGGAUGGCGGCCGCUCGCAGGGGCUCCGCGGAUCUGUCCACGCACAAGAUGCUCUGCCUGCACGUACCCAGCCUUCUCCCGCACCCCUUCGCCGACAUGGACACGAGCAGCGUUACCCAAGCGGCCGCACUGGCGGGAGUCGGCCUGCUCUACCAGGGUACUUCUCACCGGCUGAUGACGGAAUUUCUCCUCGGCGAGAUGGGGAGGGCACCCUGCAGCGACCGUUUCGCCGACCGAGAGGGAUACGCGCUCGCGUGCGGCCUGUCCCUCGGGAUGAUUAACCUCGGCAAGGGUGCUAGCGGGGGCAUGGCGGGUGUGGCAGACCUGAAGCUCGAGCAGCAGCUUCACCGGUCCGGGGACAAGGCGCUGGCGGCGAGGCUGGCGCUGCCGCAGACGCACUUCCAGCUGGACUACGCGCGGCCGGAGCAGCUGCUCUUGCGGGUGGUGGUGAAGGGACUUGUCAUGUGGGACGAGGUGCACCCGACGGAUGGCUGGAUCGAGUCUCAGAUCCCCGAGGUGGUGUCGGUGGAAUACGCGCGGUUGAACGAGCCCCUCCCCGAGGAGCUAAGCUCGGUGGUGGACAGGCAGACAAUCCGACAGGCCCACGCCAACAUCAUCGCGGGAGGUUGCCUGUGCCUCGGCCUGCGGUUCGCGGGGACCGCAGACGAGCGGGCGAAGACCACCGUUCUCGGUCGCGUCAGGUACCCCGCAACGGCAGACGACAACCAGUACCACCUGCAGGCCCUGCGACACCUGUACGUGUUGGCGGUGCAGCGGAGAGGGGUCGAUGCGGUAGACGUAGACACGGGCGAGAGCUUGUUCGUGCCCAUCAAGGUUUCCCUUGCCGACCGCACCGGUGCCGCGAACGGGGGCCGCGACAACGGGGACGGUACCCAGGAGGGCGCCGAGGCCGGGUGCGACGACAAGAUGGACACCAGCGACGGCGCAGAGGAGAAAACAAGGACGGGCGGGGAUGGAGAUGGCGAGGGUACUCCAAGCGGCGGUAGCGGUAGCGGUAGCGGCGGCCGGGCGGCGGCGGUGGCAGCGGAGGGAGGGGCGGGAGAUCGGGGCGCGGGAGGGACGACGCUUUCCCUGGUGACGCCGUGCGUGCUGCCAGACCUGAAGGACGUGUCGAGGCUGUCGAUCUGCAGCCCGCGGUACUUCCCGGUGGAGCUGGGCAUCCAUGGAAACCCGGCGGUGGCGUCGGCGCUUCGGCGACGCUGCCGGAUCUACGUCAAGCGGCGGGUGGGACACUUGUCCUACAAGAACGACCCGCACGCUCUCCGAUCCCUGCUCUUCCAGAACUACCCCGGGGCCAUGGGCGCGGCAGGCCAAUCGCCCUUGUCCCCGCCGCACCACCACCACCAUCACGCACAACGGGGCCCCCACCACCACGGCCACGGCGCGGCGGCGGCGGCCGGCGAAAACCCCGUCCAGAGCAAGGCCGACUUCCUCUCCACUUUCACGGAGGACCCCCACCUCCUCAACUUCGCCCGGCACUUUUGUGACUCUUGGCGCCGGCGGCGGCGGCGGCGGGGGGGGGGGUUCCGGCUAAUAUCCUCUGGGAGGAGGCUCAUGCUCGGGGUGGAGUCCCUGGGCGACGCGUCCGCGCUUGCCCGGUACUUCGGCGGCGCCCUGCUGGAGUGCCUGGCCGGGGAGAAGGCAGAGGCGCUGGGCCCGCACCUGUCCCUGUGCCACUUCACCGUCACCGCGGCGCACACGGUGGACGCGUCGGCGGCGUGGGACCUGCGACUGGUGCUGGACUACGGACGGGGCAGCGCUCUCCAGUCGGCUUUGAUGGCGGCGGCGGCGGCGGGCGUGGAACGGGUGGGUGCUGCUGCCGGGGAGGUAGGGAGAGUUUCACGGCGGCGGCGGCGGCGGCGAGGGGGUGGUGAUGACGUUGACGGGGGGAGGGUUUCCCAGGCGGAGGCGGAAGUCGAGGAGCCGCCGCUGCCGUUCACGUUGGUCAACCCGGACCUGCUGGCGUCCCUCGAGGUGCGCCUCGACGUCUUCUUCUCGUCGAUGGGUUUCUACGGCGCCGCCGGCGCCGGCGCCGGCGACGGCACGGAGGCAGCGGGCGCGGCGGCGGUUGGAGGGGAAGGGAGUCCGAAGCACCUGUCCCGAUUGUGGCGAUACCUCUACGGCCGCGAGAGGGGAAGGGACGGGGGGCAGGGAGGGGGAGCUUGCGGCGGUGACAGCAGGGAAGCAGGAGCGGCGUGCCGGGAAGACCGGCUGUUCGGGGCGUACCUGGCGUUCUUCGGCAUCCCCGCCCCGGCGGAGCUCUUGCGAGCCCUCGGCGGGAGAGAGAUCCCGCCGGAGGGGCUUGGCCUGGCGGACGCGCCCGCCCUGUUGCGCGGGCUCCCGGGGCUGACGCCGUCGGCACUUCUGAAGAUAACGUAGAUGUGUAGCGCCGGUCGGUGGACGGCCUGUUAUCUUUUUUUGUGGCGUGGGGAUUGAGUGGUGUGCUUAGCGCUGCUUGCGCUUUUGUCCUUGAAGCGACAGCGGCUGUCCCGGUGUUGCUAUUGAUACUGCUGCCGCACCGAUGGCAGCGGUGCGUCUCCGUUUGUGCUUUGAGCGUUGUAUAUGCCCUGUUCAGUGGUUAGCGCUGUAGUUCGUCAGGUAACGGGUAGACGUUUCGCCCCUAAAUCGCUGGUGGUUUCAUCCAAUUUUAGGCCUGUGCCACCUCUUCACUGCUGUUCAGAGAAACAAACCUGCCCAAGGUCGUACAUCGAAACAUCGACAGUUUUUGUUCAACCUUGUGUCGCCCCUCUUGGGCCGCCCACGUUUUGGUAGCGAGCGUUAGGGCAAAGGGCCAAAGGCAAAAAACAUGGCGCGCUGGAGAAACAACAAUAGCACUUGCGCGCCCUUGCCCCGGUACAGUUGGCCACGCGGUAAAGCAAUGCUUCCAAUGGUUGAGCGCUUACUCCUGCACACUCUGCGUUUUUGUCCUUUUUGUGUGGAUACUCCCAAGCUAGCACCCGGAGGCAAGCAACCAGUAUCUACAACGCUGAUUCUCCCGAUCCGAAAGAAGCUCUGCUUGGGUGUCCAUCUUCUAACUUCCCACCCCCUCGCGAGUACAACCAACAAACUCCUUGUGGCAUUCAACGACCGUUACAAACAUGCAUCAAAAUUUUAAAUCCGAGAAUAGACGCCAUCCCAGGUGUAUGUAGGGCAAAAUAUUGUAAGCAUUCCUACCUUUUAUACUGUGCGCGCGAACCGCAACUCUUGUCUAUUCGGCUUCACACGAGUAAAUGUAGCUGAGACCCCCCCCCGCUGGCUCAUUCACAAAUCGCUGUCCUGUGACAAAAACAGCAACAUAGCCUGCUGGCCUGGCCUGGGGUUGUUCAAGGCGGCCCGCCAAGCGCUCGGUAUUAAUCCCGGUGCCUUUCUUCUCUACCGACACGCCCCACACACACAACGGUAGACUGCGUCGGCCACAAGAGAACCAUAUCCUCGCCCUCCUGGGUACAACCUUGCAGCAAAAACUACGUCUCCACGCUGCUAGUGCAUUCGCCCCACUUCUGAAAUUAAUCGGACAAACGGGGGUACAAGACUACUCCUCCGCCCCUGUAGGGCUCUGUCUGUUUGUUGGAGACUUUCGCCGACAUUGAUUGCCGGUGGUACCUCGAUAAACGCAGACACCACGAACGAGCCCAAGCCGCUUAGCCCUCACGCCAUAUCGCGUCGUCGCAUGGGCCGUAACCGUCAGGACGCCGCCCCGACGUGCGCGGACCAAGGCAAGAGAGAUAGGAGCGCCAACGGUCACCUCCAAGACAGACAGACAGACAGACACACCGGUGCUUUUAGUGCCCUCUUUUCUCUCCACUGUCGAGGUAUUGCGCAGCCGAGAGGCCAAGGGUUGUAUGGCCUCUUUCCCCCCGUCUUGGCCCAUCUUCCUCCGUUCUGUACUCUACAGGGCAAACCACAAUACAUUUCUUGGGUCGCUACAAGGUCCUCCACGGCAACGACGGUCCUCCUUUCCUUCUACGGCUGGGCCGAUCGUCGUUCCUGGGUCACCAUACAAUCGACAUCCGACAUCCGACAUCCGACAUCCGACAUAGAUACAUACGCCUCUCGAGGACGAAGAGCAGCAAUUC